CUCAUCCAACCCAGCCAACCCAAAAUGACAAAACACCCCCUGACAAUCGCCCUCAUUUACGAAGACCCCGCCGUCUACACCCUCCACCACCACUCGGCGGCAUCCCCCUCGCACCUCGAAGUCGGCGCCGCCACGCCCGCCAUCACCACCGCCCUGCAAUCCCAGGGCCACACCGUGCACCAUAUCCCCAGCAUCCACGCCCUCCUCACCCACCUCACUACUCCCAAAACCCCGAAAUGGGACCUGGCUUUCGACAUCACAGAGGGGGUGUACGGCCCCGCGCGCGAAGCGCAGGUCGCCGCCGUGCUGGAAGCGCACCGCAUCCCGCGCACCUUCUCGAACGCCGCGACCAUGGCGCUGUGUCUGGACAAGGGGCGCACGAAGAUGUUGAGCGGCGAGGAGAUCCUGGGACAGAUGCGCCGCUCGCGGCAUGCCGAGACGCUGCUCGGGCCCGGGGGAUGGCCGCUGUUCGUCAAGCCGUUGGCUGAGGGGUCGUCCAAAGGGAUUGCCCUGGCAAAUCGGGUAGCCUCGGACAAAGAUUUGGUACGGGUGGUGAAUGCAUUGCGGGCGGCGAGUCCUUCUUCUUUGGGGGUUUUGGUCGAGUCGUUUCUUCCGGGGAGGGAGUUUACGGUCGGGAUUCUGGGGACGGGGGUCGAUGCGUGGGUCGUUGGGGUGGAUGAGAUUGUUUGGUCGAGAGCGAAGGGAGACAAGGGCUCGGUUGAAUUCACGACGGAGAAGUCCAAGUCGUCGGAUGAUUGGAACGGGGAGGCGGAUGAGGUCAAGGUCACUCGCGAGGACAAAGAGGCAGACUUGGCUUGUGAGACUGCGUUGAGGGCGUGGAGAGCGCUGCGGUGCCGCGAUGGGGGCAGAGUUGAUGUUCGCAUGGAUGGAGCCGGGGUGGCUCAUGUCAUGGAGAUCAAUCCGCUGGCUGGGUUGCUCCCUAGCUGGUCGCAAUUGCCGCUCAUCGCUGAGCAUAAUGGUGUCUCGUUCGAUGAAAUGAUUGAUCAUAUCGUGCAGAGUGCACUCAAGCGGACGGUCUCCCAUGCCGUUGUCUGA